AUGACUUUUUUUUAUAUAUUGUUACUGACGUUUUUAUUGCAACUUAAAGUUGCUUCAUGCCUGAAUGUUCUCGUUUGGUGUCCAACAUUGGGCCAGAGUCAUGUAAACUUUAUGGGUAGGAUAGCUGAUACAUUACAAGAGGAUGGGCAUAAUGUGACUAUGCUCAUGAUUGAGAACGAUCCAGACAUAUGGUCGACAGGAACAUCAUUAGUUAAACAUGUUGUUUGGUACACCUCUCCUUUGGUUGAUAAAACCGAAUGGGCAACACAUAACUUCAAAAAGGGGAACGUGUUUCAAACAAAAACGUUCGAUUUAGCUGAUUUCAUGAGUAUGCAGGAUAUCAACUAUCGAACAUGUCAGAGCAUGAUCAACGAUGAAGCAUUUCUGAGCUUGUUGAAAUCUUCGCAUUUCGAUUUGGCCAUCAUGGAAAUGUUUCAUUUUUGCCCGGCUGGUAUACUCCAUAUAGCUGGAGUUCCCAAGAUUAUAAUGGCAUCAGCACUUGGAAUUACUCCUGCGCAUAUGGAAAUCUUAGAUGUUCCUACAUCGUUGAGCUUUGUUCCAACAUUCUUGACUCACAUGGGGAGCAAGAUGACACUGCUUGACCGUAUGUAUAACGUGGUCUUCAGUUUCAGCAGCAAAAUACUUUAUUGGAAGUUACUAUACUCGGAACAAGCCCUGAUACAGUCCAAGUUCCCAAACUUCCCAUGUUUGUACCAACUAUUUAAGAGCAAACUAGAUUAUUUAUUACUAAAUACUAAUGAGUUUACUGAGUCAACGAGACCUACCUUGUCCAGUAUCAAGUAUGUUGGCGGGGUUACAACAGACCAGCCGAAAGAACUCCAGCCAGAGUUUGACAGCAUUUUAUCUCGCGGCCAAAAAGGAACCGUUUUCUUCUCUUUGGGAUCUCUCGUCAAGUCUUCUGAAAUGCCAACUCACAUCAGAAGAGCUUUUUUCGAGGCCUUUCUUUCUUUCCCUGAAUACGAAUUCAUUUGGAAAGACGAUGUUGCAUCCAAUUUCUCAUAUCCAAAUAUCCAUUUCAGAAGAUGGGUACCUCAGGUGGAUUUGCUAGCUGAUCCAAGGUUAAAGUUGUUCAUAACUCACGGUGGAAUGAAUUCAAUUCAAGAAGCACUCCUUUUUGGAGUUCCUAUGAUUACGAUGCCCUUAUUUGCUGAUCAAGAUGCGAAUGCUGCGCUCGCUGCCGAACGGGGUUAUUCUUAUACCUUAAAUAAGUUUUCAAUCACUAAAGAGGAAGUAAUAAGAGCAAUCAGAAGCGUACUUGGUGUAGAUGGGGAAGAAAGUGUUUAUCUUCUGAAGGCGAGACAAGCAGCCAGAGUUCUUAAGGGUAGUUCUCGAUUGAUGAAAAACGAAAUUCAGCGUGUAGUCCGUCUAUCGGGUUCCGAACCUACUUUAAACCAUUUAAAAUUGGAUUUAGAUCAUUUAAACACUCUACAAUAUUUCAAUGUCGAUGUGUAUCUCAUUUUCUCAUGUUUCAUCAUGUUAUUACUAAUUUCUUCCUGUAAGAUUAUUAACUACUACAUAAAUCUAAACUUCGUGCCUGCAAAGCAGAAAAUAGCUUGA